AUGGUAAGUCUUACAGCUAACAGAAAUGUUUCCUCGAGGCAAUCACAACACUCGAGCGAAUCCGUUACUGAUGGUUUCAUCACUCCUGAAAGAGACAUGGAGAAUGAGGCAGGCAAGAGUGAGAGUAUAGGUCCAGAAUCGGAAUCUGACCCAGAAGGCAACGGUAGGUUUUUGGUCGAGUUCAUGGAUGAUGACCCUCAAAAGCCACUCAACUGGAGUGUGAACAAAAAAUUAUACCACACGAUGAUCUAUGGUAUUGCUACGUUUGCAGCGCAGUUCAAUUCAACAACCACGGCACCGUCAGUUUUACACUUGGCACAUUACUUCGAUGUGAGCACAGAAAAGGCCUUGUUGUGCACGUCGCUGUACGUGAUAGGUGUUGCUUUUGGACCGAUGUUCUUCGCACCGCUUUCAGAAAUGUACGGACGGAAAAUAGGUGUGUUUGUCCCGCUGUUUUUGUCCAUGGCGUUCACGUUGGGAUCUGCAAGAUGUAGCGACUAUCCCAGUCUUCUCGUUACCAGAUUUUUUGCCGGGUUUUUUGGAGGCAGUCCGGUAGUGUCGUCUGGUGGGGUUCUUGCAGAUAUUUGGCCAAUAAGCUUAAGGGCGGUGGCUUUGGUAUUUUACGCAGUGUUCGUUGUGUGCGGUGUUACGGUAGGACCAGUAAUAUCUGCUUUGCUAACUUACCAAGUUGGCACCGAUGAGUGGCGAUGGCCCUUGUGGUUUAUCUGCAUUGUACAAGGUGUUCUUCUUAUAGUCGCUGCUUUGACAGUUUCUGAAUCGUAUGCCGGGGUAGUACUUGCAAAAAAGGCGAAAAAAAUACGUAAGGAAUCUGGAAAUUGGGCAUACCAUGCAGCGCACGAAGAGUGGGACCUGGACUUCAAAGAGUAUGUUAGUAUUCAUCUUUUAAGGCCCUUCGCGAUGCUUGCAACUCCGAUUGUGUUUGCGCUCGCAUUAUUCGCUAGUUAUGUUUUUGGCGUCUUGUACCUAAUCGUAACUUCGCUACCUUUGACCUUCGAAAUGACAAGAGGUUGGAAAGGCACUGUCACUAAUGUCCCUACUCUUUGCAUGCUGAUCGGCGUUCUAUUCGGUGGUUCCGCCAACGUUUGGGGAGCUUUAAGGUAUAGAAAAAUACUGCUGAAAAAUAACGGUGUUCCAGUUCCAGAGGAAAGGUUCCCACCUAUGAUGAUGUUUGGGUGGUUAAUGCCUGCUGGAAUGUUCAUAUUUGCGUGGACUUCACAAGAGAGAAUACAUUGGAUUGCGCCCUGCAUAGGUAUCGUAGUCAUGUCCAUUGGAUUUUUCGUCAUUUUCCAAGGCUGCCUCAACUAUCUGGUCGAUUCGUUCACGAAGUAUGCGGCGUCUGCUAUUGCUGCCAAUACGUUUUUAAGGUCAAUUCUGGGCGGAGUUUUUCCUCUUUUUGGGCGCGCUCUUUUUGAAAACCUAGGGGUGCCAUGGGGUGCCUCGACAAUUGCAUUCAUUACCCUCGCAAUGAUACCUAUACCAUUUGUUUUCUAUGCUUUCGGCGCAAAAAUUCGCGCGAGAAAUCCUUACAUUAAACGAGUCAGUUAG